UAAUAAUAGCCCGACUCUUCCGUUGGUGGGUUGCCGGUUUGUCCGCCGCGGGCGAAUCCGACUUCUUCGACCAGUCUAUCGAUUUUCCAUAUCGUCUCCGCUAUAUCUUCGUAUCUCUCCGCCAGAAAACGUCCAUAGCUCAAGUCCUAUCAAUGGCGACUCUCACAAUCUCUGCUAUGGCGUGGUUUAUCCCGCUCUGUUUCAUCCUCUCCUCCGUCGCCGCCGCCGCCGCCGCCGCCGCCGACAUGUCCAUUAUCGCCUACGACCAGACGCACCCUCCGAUCCGGUCCGACGCCGACGUUGCGGCCAUCUACGAGAAGUGGCUCGUGAAGCACCGUAAGGCCUACAAUGCCCUCGGCGAGAAGGAGAGACGCUUCGAGAUCUUCAAGGACAACCUCAGGUUCGUCGACGAGCACAAUGCCGUGAACCGGAGCUACAAGGUUGGGCUGAACCGCUUCGCCGACAUGACCAAUGAGGAGUACCGCUCGAAGUUUCUCGGCGUUAGGAUGGAGACGAAGAAGAUGCUGUCCAGUGCGAAGAACGAUAGGUACUCGUUUCGCGCCGGUGACCGGUUGCCGGAAUCCGUCGAUUGGAGAGAGAAGGGCGCCGUGUCUCCCGUUAAGGAUCAAGGACAAUGCGGGAGUUGCUGGGCAUUCUCAACAAUCGGUGCCGUGGAGGGGAUAAAUAAGAUCGUAACGGGAGAAUUGAUCUCUUUGUCAGAGCAGGAGCUGGUGGAUUGUGACAAAUCUUAUAACAUGGGUUGCAAUGGAGGUCUCAUGGACUACGGUUUUCAGUUCAUCAUCAACAAUGGUGGAAUUGAUACUGAGGAAGAUUACCCUUAUCGAGCUAAUGACGGAGUUUGUGAUCAGAUUCGGAAAAAUGCACAAGUUGUUAGCAUUGAUGGCUAUGAAGAUGUUCCAGAAAACGACGAGAAUUCAUUGAAGAAGGCUGUGGCUAAUCAACCAGUUAGUGUUGCUAUCGAAGCUGGGGGCAGAGCAUUCCAACUUUAUGAAUCAGGCGUAUUCACGGGACAAUGUGGAAGAGACCUCGACCAUGGAGUUGUUGCUGUUGGGUACGGUAGAGAAGGGGUUGUAGAUUAUUGGAUUGUGAGGAACUCUUGGGGUCCGGAUUGGGGAGAGAAUGGUUACAUCAGGAUGGAGCGCAAUAUCAAUGACAAAAGCGGCAAGUGUGGCAUUGCACAAAUGGCCUCGUACCCCAUCAAGAGCAGACCGAACCCUCCCAAGCCGAGCCCAUCCCCACCAUCCCCGGUCAAACCCCCCACUGUUUGUGACGAUUACUACAGCUGCCCAGAAGGCAGCACCUGCUGCUGUGUCUAUAAAUUCGGCGAGUUCUGCUUUGGCUGGGGUUGCUGCCCCCUGGCAGGUGCUACCUGCUGCGACGACUCCUCCAGCUGCUGCCCACAAGAGUAUCCCAUCUGUGACCUUGAUGCCGGCACCUGCCUAAUGAGCAAGGACAACCCAUUGGGAGUAAAAGCUUUCAAGCGAGUUCCUGCUAAGCUAAACUGGGGUGGCCUAUACGCUGCUGGCACAGCUUGAGAAGCUGGUGGCUUAUCUGGUGAGAUUACCUUGAGGAUUUGGAUUAUAACUUAAUUAAAAGCCCAGCUGUGAGGAAAUUGAGGGGGAAUUGGAAAAGAUCUGAUCUCGAGGGCUGCUGCUUUUAUUUAUUUAUUUUCUUGGAUAACCCUGUAAAUAUUACUUAGUUUCUAUUUUCUCUCAAACAAACAAAUAAGGGGGAUAGGGUUUGGGGCUAAUGUCAUCAAGUUACACUGGGAAUUAAAAGAAGAGUCGUUUAUUAUGCCGUUGUAUUUAUAGACAAUUCAGAUCAAUGGUAAAGUAUC